AUAUUCUGCUGGUCUGUCUCUUCGCUUGUUUCAACUCGACUGCAACUGAGAGAGAGAGAGAGAGAGAUAGAGAGAUGGAAUCGAGCGGAUCUCAUUCGAUCAAGAAGAAAAUCCUGGUGACAUUCGACGUCGAUGGGACUUUAAUCCAAAGCACGGGCCCUGCGUCAAACCGGUUGCAUCGCCGUGCCUUCUCCCACGCCUUCCUAGACGUUUUCGGCAUUAAAGACGCCACCAUCGAUGUCAUCCAGCAUCAUGGGCAAACGGAUCCAGGAGUAAUUGUGAAUACACUUGUGCACUACGGCAUACCUUCUGAAGUGGCUACUGAAAAAUUACCAGAUUUGAAGGCAAGGAUGGUUGAGUAUGCUAAGGAGCAUGCCCAAGAUAUUGGGGAGGGCCUGCAGGUGCUCCUUGGAGUUGCUUCUCUCCUGCAUGUAUUGUCUUCAAAGGAAGAUGUAGCCAUUGGUUUGGUUACAGGUAAUUUAGAAGAGAUUGCAUGGUUGAAGAUGGAGGGCCUCUGUAUCAGGAAAUAUUUCACAGUUCCAAAUUUUGGAGGAUUCGGAAGUGAUCACAUUGAUCGAGGUCAUCUUGUGAUGAUUGCGGCAGAUAGAGCUGAGAAGCUGUUUCCUGGAGGAUUCAAUCUGCGAGUACAUGUUGGGGAUACGCCGAACGAUAUCCGAGCUGCUGAGUUUGGAGGAGCUUUAGCAGUUGGAGUAUGCACUGGUAUCUUUAAUAAAGAGGAGCUGGAACAGGCAAGCAAUGGAAAUGCAGUUAUCCUUGAAGAUCUUGUAGAUACUAAUGCCUUCAUGAACUUGUUGGGCAUCUGAAGCUGAAAUCAGGAGAGCCCAUAUUCAGAUGUCAGAUUUUAUGAUAUUCAAAAGCGGCUGCUGCAUGCAAGGUAGCACAUAAUUGCAUAAUUUUAACUUGAAAGGAUUGUGUUUCAACACCAUGAAAAUACCUGACAGUUCUGUUGGAAAGUUUAUUUUAAGUCAUUAGAGAGAAUUACUCAAUUUCUAUAUUUUCA